GGUCAGGGUGGAUGCUUAGAGCUUUGAAAUUCCAAUUUGCCGCCGAGGCGUGUGUAGCUGAGGUUUAAAUUGCAAGUGAGCAGUCUUGCUGUUGCUUCAUCACACCCUCUCAAGUGUCUACCUUUUGACUUGAGCCGGCACAGCGGCCAAGUCGACUGGCCGUGGCGAGACUAGCUUGUGGCUGAGGUGAUCUGAGGGAGCGUGAGAGCACGCCAUGUUCGUCCCCUGCUCGGGAGGCGGGCUGGGCUGCCUCCGGCUCUGUCUGCUCCGAGUGUGGGCCCGCGAGGUCGCGGGGCGCUGUGCGUGCGGGGCCUGUCAGGCCCGGCUGUACGGCUCCGGUGGGUCCCAGCCCGACGUCUCUCGGUCUGGUCCCGCGCGCCGGGCUCUGAAGGAGUGGGCACUUCUGGUGAGCCCUUUCGGCCGCCUGCGGACGCGGCUCCCGUGCUCCCUAGCCGUGAGGCCCCUGGACCCUCUCACCUACCCGGAUGGAGACCGCGUGCUGGUGGCGGUGAGCGGAGUGCAGGGUGGGGCCGUGGCCAGCCUGCAGGUGAGGUACGACGAGGCGCAGAAGGAGGUGGCCAUCGUGUCUGACGUCAUCGACCCCCAGGCGUCCGUGGAAGUGAACGCGCCCCUGAAGUUUGAUUUGAAUAUCAAGUCAUCAGGGUCUGGCUGUGUAAAAGUCCAAAAUAUUGAGUGUGAUAAUUGCAAAAUUGAAACUGAACAGGGGACCAGCAUCUUACAGUCAGUUAAGAGUCAAAAAUUACAUAUUCAAACAAAAGGAGGUAAAGUGAUCUGCCUGGGAACAGUUUAUGGAAAUAUAGAUAUUCAUGCAUCAGAUAAAAGUACUGUGACCGUAGAUAAACUGCAGGGAAGUUCUGUUAAUAUAUCUACUGAGGAUGGUUUGCUGAAAGCCAAGUAUCUUUACACAGAAUCGUCAUUUCUGUCUUCUGCUGCUGGGGAUAUUACAUUAGGAAGUGUUCAUGGUAAUAUAACAUUACAAAGCAAGAUGGGUAACAUCACAGUAGAUUCGUCUUCUGGAUGUCUAAGUGCCUCGACUUAUCAGGGUGCCAUAGAUGUUUAUGUCAGCCAACUGGGAAAAGUGGAAUUGAAAUCCCAUAAAGGAUCUGUUCUUGUCAAGGUUGCAUCUUCUCUUCAGGCUUACUUACAGUUAUCAGGGAAAGAGAUUGAUGUUAACUCAGAAGUCCAUGUUGAAGAAAUGGAUGAAGCUCAUAAAGAUGAUGGUAUAGUAAUUACUGGGCUCCUGAAUCAAGCAAGCAAACAUGAAAAAUGGAUUAAGGCUGAUGCUCCAAAAGGCACUGUAAGCUUUAGAAGCCAAAGCUGGUUUCAGUCCCUGAAACUGUAGGACUGAGAAUGGUUUGAGUUAUGUUUCUGAAUUUUAACAACGAUUAGUAGAUCUGUGACUACAAAAACUCAAAUACCACUGUUCAUAUAAAUGUUGAAAACAAUAAAUUGGGAUGUCUUGGGGCAGCCUUUUCAAAAUUUGUACUUAGCUAUUAGUUUUCUUCUGUAACAAAUUACCACAAACUUACUGACUUAAAAUAAUACCUGUUUGCCCUGGGAUCUCCUGGCCCCUAACUCCACCCAGCAGUAACCCAGCACUAGCCCCAGGGCCUCCCAGGGUUCUGCCUUCAACCAUCAACCAGUGGCCACCAGCAUCUGCACAAGGCAGGAUCUGGCAACCAAGCAGACCAGGGGCCAACCUAGCCUAUAGACCACCUACACAGUCAGCCUGCCAAAACAGAAAGACCCACACAGCCCUCAUAGGAGGAACCACUAGAGCAUAUAACUGUUGAUGAGAGGAGAGUGCACUGUUGGAACACAAAAGGUCACUUCUUCAAGGUUGGGAAACAUAACCAACCUACCAGGUACAUAAAAAUAAAAACAACUAGUUAGGCAAAAUGAGGCAACAGAGGAACAUGUUCCAAACAAAGGAUUAAGAUAAAACCCCAGAAGAAGAACUAAGUGAAGUGGAGAUAUGCAAUCUAACCAAGAAGGAGUUCAGGGGUGUGAUUGUACAGAUGAUCAAAGAACUUGGGAAACAAAUGGAUGCACAGAGUGAGACAUUAGAAGUUUUUAACAAAGAGUUAGAAAAUAUAAAGAACAACCGAACAGAGAUGAAGAAUACAAUAACUGAAAUGAAAAAUACACUAGAGGGAAUCAAUAGUAGACUAAAUGAUACAGGGAAAUGGAUUAGUGAGCUGGAAGACAGAGUAGUGGAAAUCAGUGAUGCUGAAGGAAAAAAAAAAUGAAAAGAAAUGAGGACAGUUUAGGAGACUUCUGGGACAUCAAGCUCACUAAUAUUUGCCUUAUAGGAUUCCCAGAAGGAGAAGAGAGAGAGAAAGGGGCUGAGAACAUAAUUGAAGACAUAAUAGCUGAAAACUUCCCUAACCUGGGAAGGGAAACAGACAUCUAAGUCUAGGAAGUGCAGUGAGUGCCAUACAGGAUUAACCUAAAGAGGAAGACACCAAGACACAUUGUAAUUAAGAUGGCAAAAAUUAAAGAUAAAAGAGAAUAUUAAAAGCAGCAAGGGAAAAGCAACAUGUUACAUAAAAGGGAACUCCCAUAAUGCUAUCACCUGACUUUUCAACAGAAACUCUUCAGGCCAGAGGGGCAUGGCAUGAUAUAUCUGAAGUGAUGAAAGGGAAAAACCAAAACCCAAUAAUACUCUGCAAGGCUCUCAUUCAGAUUUGAUGGAGAGAUAAAAAGCUUUACAGAGAAGCAAAAGCCAAAAGAGUUCAGCAUCACCAAAUCAGCUUUAAAGAAAUGUUAAAGGAACUUCUCUAAGCAAAAAAGGACACAAGAAACAUGAAAAUCCUGAAAGGAGAAAGCUCAUUGGUAAAGGCAAACAUAUAGUGAAGGUAGGAAAUCAUUCACGCACAAAGCUAGUAGGAAGGUUGAAAGACAAAAGUAGUAAAAUUGUAUCCACAAUAAGUAGUUAAGGGAUACACAAGACAAUUAUAUGUAAAAAAUGAUAUCAAAAACAGUAAUCAUGAGGGUAGGAGAGUACAAAUUCUGUGUUAAAAUGCAUUGGAAAUUAAGAGAUCAGCAACUUCAAACAAUCGUGUAUAUAUAGAUUACUAUAUGUAAA